UGCAUAACAAUAUGUUUCAACCAUUUACAACCAGCAGAAGCACCAAAUUCGAUUUUUCAAAAGAUACCCUGUUGGACCUACAUCGUAGCUUGUCGGAAAUUUCAAGAAGUGAUGUUAGUCACCCAUCUUGUAGUAUUAAAACAGAAAAUCUUACAAGGGAGCUUUUUUAUCCAUUCACUAACUUAUAUAGCUCUUCAAUGUACCAGCCAUUUACAAAUAGGCAAACCGACGAUUAUUUCAACAAAUAUUUCAACCGCAGCAACUGCGAAUCAUCGGAAAGGGCCAAAACGACCCUUAAAGCACCCUUUCCACGACCGCCGGAUAAACGUCUGCAAGUUCAAAACAACAGAUCCUUUGGUCAGGUGGGAGAUUAUUAUCCGUUCAAGUCACAGUUUUCACCAGCAAGCCUUCCGUCAUCGCCUACAAGCCCUCUCAUUUCGCCACCACAGGCAUCAACACAACGUCUUCAGGUCCCUGGUGUGACGUCAAAUAUUGAGCUGAUAAAUGGAGGUUUUGGAGUCAAAAAUCCCCUUUUGUCACCUGAUUGCUGUUUAAAAGAAGGUUCUGGAUGUCGAGAUGCGAAAUUCAAAUGCAGAAUUUGUUGCGAUGCAUUCGAGUUCCCCAAACUUCUGCAACGUCAUCUGAAAACGCACAGUGACGUCAAGCGAUACUUAUGCACUUUCUGUGGCAAGGGGUUCAACGACACGUUCGAUCUGAAGCGGCAUACGAGAACACACACUGGAGUUCGCCCAUACAAAUGUGAACAUUGCGAAAAAGCUUUUACUCAACGCUGUUCGCUUGAAUCCCAUUGCCGUAAAAUACACGGAUUGGAAUUCCGAUUCCGGUAUAAAGAAAGACGCGGAAAAAUGUACGUGUGCGAAGAUUGUGGUCACGUUACACAUCAUCCGGAAACACAUUUCACCCAUAUUAAAGAAAGUCACCCAUACAACCCAACAAUACUGCGGUGCUUCGACAAGAGACAUUUCAAUUUUUCAGACACUGUAACAUCAUAAAGAAUCAGAAAGGGACAUCUUACAUGAAAACCGCCCGGGAAGCAUCAUUAAUAGUGCUGAUAUUGUUGUACAAUAGUUUUUGUU